AUGUGGUGGUCCACUCUGAUGUCAAUCUUGAGGGCUAGUUCUUUUUGGAAGUGGAUAUCUGCUCAGACAAUAAGAAUUGUAAGAGCUCUGAGAACUCAUUUUGAAGGAACAAUGGAUGAACCUUCCUUGGCCAAACCUCUGGAGCUGAACCAGCACUCCCGAUUCAUAAUUGGCUCCGUGUCUGAAGAUAACUCGGAGGAUGAGAUUAGCAGCCUGGUGAAGCUUGACCUGCUGGAGGAGAAGGAGGGCUCUCUGUCACCAGCCUCAGUCAGCUCAGACACGCUCUCCGACUUGGGGAUCUCAAGCCUCCAGGAUGGUUUGGCCUUACACAUGAGAUCCAGCAUGUCUGGCUUGCACCUAGUCAAGCAAGGUCGAGACCGGAAGAAAAUGGACUCACAGCGAGAUUUCACUGUGGCCUCUCCAGCGGAAUUUGUUACUCGUUUUGGUGGGAAUAAAGUGAUUGAGAAGGUUCUCAUUGCCAACAAUGGCAUUGCAGCUGUGAAAUGCAUGAGGUCCAUCCGCCGGUGGUCUUAUGAGAUGUUUCGAAAUGAACGUGCAAUCCGAUUUGUUGUCAUGGUCACACCUGAAGACCUGAAAGCCAAUGCAGAAUACAUCAAGAUGGCAGAUCACUAUGUGCCUGUGCCAGGAGGCCCCAACAACAACAACUAUGCAAAUGUGGAGUUAAUUCUUGACAUUGCUAAAAGGAUCCCAGUACAAGCAGUUUGGGCCGGCUGGGGUCAUGCUUCUGAGAAUCCCAAGCUCCCAGAACUUCUUUUGAAAAAUGGCAUUGCCUUCAUGGGUCCUCCAAGCCAAGCCAUGUGGGCUUUGGGGGAUAAGAUUGCAUCUUCCAUAGUGGCUCAAACUGCUGGUAUCCCAACUCUUCCAUGGAGUGGCAGUGGUCUUUGUGUGGACUGGCACGAAAAUGAUUUUUCAAAACGAAUUUUAAACGUUCCUCAGGAACUAUAUGAAAAAGGUUAUGUGAAGGAUGUGGAUGAUGGGCUGAAGGCAGCAGAGGAAGUUGGAUAUCCAGUAAUGAUCAAGGCCUCAGAAGGAGGAGGAGGGAAGGGAAUCAGAAAAGUCAACAAUGCAGAUGAUUUCCCUAACCUCUUCAGACAGGUUCAAGCUGAAGUUCCUGGAUCUCCUAUCUUUGUGAUGAGACUAGCCAAACAGUCUCGUCAUCUGGAGGUGCAGAUCUUAGCGGAUCAGUAUGGCAAUGCCAUCUCUCUGUUUGGUCGUGAUUGCUCUGUGCAGCGCAGGCAUCAGAAGAUUAUUGAAGAAGCUCCUGCUGCUAUUGCUACUCCAGCAGUAUUUGAACAUAUGGAACAGUGCGCGGUGAAGCUUGCCAGGAUGGUUGGCUAUGUGAGUGCGGGGACCGUGGAAUACCUCUACAGCCAGGAUGGCAGCUUCUACUUUCUGGAACUGAACCCUCGGCUACAGGUGGAGCACCCCUGUACGGAGAUGGUGGCCGACGUCAACCUCCCUGCCGCGCAGCUCCAGAUUGCCAUGGGGAUCCCUCUGUACAGAAUCAAGGAUAUCCGUAUGAUGUACGGGGUCUCUCCCUGGGGCGAUGCUCCCAUUGAUUUUGAAAAUUCGGCUCACGUUCCUUGCCCAAGGGGCCAUGUUAUUGCUGCUCGUAUCACUAGUGAAAAUCCAGAUGAGGGUUUUAAGCCCAGCUCAGGAACAGUUCAAGAGCUGAAUUUUCGCAGCAAUAAGAACGUUUGGGGUUAUUUCAGUGUUGCUGCUGCAGGCGGGCUUCAUGAAUUUGCUGAUUCUCAGUUUGGUCACUGCUUUUCCUGGGGAGAAAACCGAGAGGAAGCAAUUUCAAACAUGGUGGUGGCUUUGAAGGAGCUAUCUAUCCGGGGUGACUUUCGAACCACAGUCGAAUACCUGAUCAAAUUGUUGGAGACUGAAAGCUUUCAGUUGAACAGAAUUGACACCGGCUGGCUGGACAGACUGAUAGCAGAAAAAGUACAGGCGGAGCGACCUGACACCAUGCUGGGAGUUGUCUGUGGGGCUCUCCACGUGGCAGACGUGAGCCUGCGGAAUAGCAUCUCCAACUUCCUUCACUCCUUAGAGAGGGGCCAAGUCCUCUCUGCACAUACACUUCUGAAUACAGUAGACGUCGAACUCAUCUACGAGGGAGUCAAGUACGUACUGAAGGUGACUCGACAGUCCCCGAACUCUUACGUGGUGAUCAUGAACGGCUCUUGUGUGGAAGUAGAUGUGCAUCGGCUGAGCGACGGUGGACUGCUCCUGUCCUAUGACGGCAGCAGUUAUACCACAUACAUGAAGGAGGAGGUGGAUAGAUAUCGCAUCACAAUUGGCAAUAAAACUUGUGUGUUUGAGAAAGAAAACGACCCUUCGGUGCUGCGCUCACCCUCUGCUGGGAAGUUAAUCCAGUACAUUGUGGAGGAUGGAGGCCAUGUGUUUGCUGGCCAGUGCUAUGCCGAGAUCGAGGUGAUGAAGAUGGUAAUGACCUUAACAGCCGCAGAGUCUGGCUGUAUCCAUUAUGUCAAGCGGCCUGGAGCAGCUCUUGACCCGGGCUGUGUAAUAGCCAAAAUGCAACUGGACAACCCCAGCAAGGUCCAGCAGGCUGAGCUUCACACAGGCAGUCUGCCACGGAUCCAAAGCACAGCGCUCAGAGGCGAGAAGCUCCAUCGAGUGUUCCACUAUGUCCUGGAUAAUCUGGUCAACGUGAUGAACGGAUACUGCCUUCCAGAUCCUUUCUUUAGCAGCAGGGUGAAAGACUGGGUUGAACGGUUGAUGAAGACCCUCAGAGACCCCUCCUUACCUCUCCUAGAAUUGCAGGAUAUCAUGACCAGCGUCUCUGGUCGUAUCCCGCCCAAUGUGGAGAAGUCUAUCAAGAAGGAAAUGGCUCAGUAUGCCAGCAACAUCACAUCCGUCCUCUGUCAGUUUCCCAGCCAGCAGAUUGCCAACAUCCUAGAUAGCCAUGCAGCCACACUGAACCGGAAAUCUGAACGGGAAGUCUUCUUCAUGAACACUCAGAGCAUCGUCCAGCUGGUGCAGAGGUACCGCAGUGGCAUCCGAGGACACAUGAAGGCUGUGGUGAUGGACCUGCUGCGGCAGUACCUGCGAGUAGAGACACAGUUCCAGAACGGUCACUAUGACAAAUGUGUGUUCACCCUCCGGGAGGAGAACAAAAGUGAUAUGAAUACUGUACUGAACUACAUCUUCUCUCAUGCUCAAGUCACCAAGAAGAAUCUGCUGGUCACCAUGCUUAUCGAUCAGCUGUGUGGCCGAGACCCCACCCUCACUGAUGAGCUGCUGAAUAUCCUCACGGAGCUAACUCAACUCAGCAAGACCACCAACGCGAAGGUGGCGCUGCGAGCGCGCCAGGUUCUUAUUGCUUCCCAUUUGCCAUCAUAUGAGCUUCGCCACAACCAAGUUGAGUCUAUCUUCCUAUCAGCCAUUGACAUGUACGGACAUCAGUUUUGCAUUGAGAACCUGCAGAAACUCAUCUUGUCGGAAACGUCAAUUUUUGAUGUCCUACCAAACUUCUUCUAUCACAGCAACCAGGUCGUGAGGAUGGCAGCCCUGGAGGUGUAUGUUCGAAGGGCUUAUAUAGCCUAUGAACUUAAUAGCGUACAACACCGGCAGCUGAAGGACAGCACCUGCGUGGUGGAAUUCCAGUUCAUGCUGCCCACAUCACAUCCAAACAGAGGGAACAUCCCCACGCUAAACAGAAUGUCCUUCUCCUCCAACCUCAACCACUACGGCAUGGCUCACGUAGCCAGCGUCAGCGAUGUGCUGCUGGACAGCGCGUUCACCCCGCCAUGCCAGCGGAUGGGCGGGAUGGUCUCCUUUCGGACCUUUGAAGACUUUGUCAGGAUCUUUGAUGAAGUGAUGGGCUGCUUCUGUGAUUCCCCACCCCAAAGCCCGACAUUCCCUGAGGCAGGUCACACGUCUCUGUAUGACGAAGACAAGGUCCCCAGGGAUGAACCAAUUCACAUUUUGAAUGUGGCUAUCAAAACAGACUGCGACAUCGAGGAUGACAGUCUGGCAGCUAUGUUCCGAGAGUUUACCCAGCAAAACAAAGCUACCCUAGUUGAACAUGGGAUCCGACGCCUUACUUUCCUGGUUGCACAAAAGGAUUUCAGGAAACAGGUCAACUAUGAAGUGGAUCAGAGAUUUCAUAGAGAAUUUCCUAAAUUUUUCACAUUCCGAGCAAGGGAUAAGUUUGAGGAAGAUCGUAUCUAUCGUCACCUGGAGCCUGCCCUAGCUUUCCAGUUAGAGCUGAACCGGAUGAGAAAUUUUGACCUUACUGCCAUCCCAUGUGCCAAUCACAAGAUGCACUUGUAUCUCGGGGCAGCCAAGGUGGAAGUGGGUACAGAAGUGACAGACUACAGGUUCUUUGUUCGUGCAAUCAUCAGGCAUUCUGAUCUGGUCACCAAGGAAGCUUCCUUUGAAUAUCUACAAAAUGAAGGGGAGCGGCUCCUCCUGGAAGCCAUGGAUGAGUUGGAAGUCGCCUUUAACAAUACAAAUGUCCGAACUGACUGCAACCACAUCUUCCUCAACUUUGUUCCUACAGUCAUCAUGGACCCAUCAAAGAUUGAGGAGUCCGUGCGGAGCAUGGUGAUGCGCUAUGGAAGUCGGCUGUGGAAACUGCGUGUCCUCCAGGCAGAACUGAAAAUCAACAUUCGCCUGACACCAACUGGAAAAGCAAUUCCCAUCCGCCUCUUCCUGACGAACGAGUCUGGCUAUUACUUGGACAUCAGCCUGUACAAGGAAGUGACUGAUUCCAGGACAGCACAGAUCAUGUUUCAGGCAUAUGGAGACAAACAGGGACCAUUACAUGGAAUGUUAAUCAACACUCCGUACGUGACCAAAGACCUGCUUCAAUCCAAGAGGUUCCAGGCACAGUCCUUAGGGACAACAUACAUAUAUGAUAUCCCAGAGAUGUUUCGGCAGUCCCUGAUCAAGCUCUGGGAAUCUAUGUCCUCUCAAGCAUUCCUUCCACCGCCCCCUCUGCCUUCAGACAUACUGACUUACACUGAGCUUGUGUUGGAUGAUCAAGGUCAACUGGUUCACAUGAACAGGCUUCCAGGAGGAAAUGAGAUUGGCAUGGUAGCUUGGAAAAUGACCCUUAAAAGUCCAGAAUAUCCAGACGGCCGAGAUAUCAUUGUUAUUGGCAAUGACAUCACUUAUCGAAUUGGGUCCUUUGGACCCCAAGAGGAUUGGCUGUUUCUCAGAGCUUCUGAACUUGCCAGGGCAGAGGGCAUCCCACGCAUCUAUGUAGCAGCCAACAGUGGAGCAAGAAUUGGACUGGCAGAGGAAAUUCGUCAUAUGUUUCACGUGGCCUGGGUAGAUCCUGAGGAUCCUUACAAGGGAUACAAAUAUUUAUAUCUGACCCCUCAAGAUUACAAGAGAGUCAGUGCUCUCAACUCUGUCCAUUGUGAACAUGUGGAAGAUGAAGGAGAAUCCAGGUACAAGAUAACUGACAUCAUUGGGAAGGAAGAAGGACUUGGAGCAGAGAACCUUCGAGGUUCUGGAAUGAUUGCUGGGGAGUCCUCGUUGGCCUACAACGAGAUCAUCACCAUCAGCCUGGUUACAUGCAGGGCCAUUGGGAUUGGGGCUUACCUUGUCCGACUGGGACAGAGAACCAUCCAGGUCGAAAAUUCUCACUUAAUCCUGACAGGAGCUGGAGCCCUCAACAAAGUCCUCGGGAGGGAAGUAUACACCUCGAACAACCAGCUGGGGGGCAUCCAGAUUAUGCACAACAAUGGGGUGACGCACAGCACCGUCUGUGAUGACUUUGAGGGGGUGUUCACUGUCCUGCACUGGCUGUCUUACAUGCCGAAGAGUGUAUACAGUUCAGUUCCUCUCCUGAAUUCCAAGGAUCCGAUAGACAGAGUCAUCGAGUUUGUGCCCACGAAGGCGCCGUAUGACCCUCGGUGGAUGCUGGCAGGCCGGCCUCACCCAACCCAGAAAGGUCAGUGGUUGAGUGGAUUUUUUGACUAUGGCUCUUUCUCGGAGAUCAUGCAACCAUGGGCACAGACUGUGGUGGUUGGCAGAGCCAGGCUAGGAGGAAUACCUGUGGGAGUAGUUGCCGUAGAAACCCGAACAGUGGAGCUGAGUAUCCCGGCUGAUCCUGCAAACCUGGAUUCUGAAGCCAAGAUUAUCCAGCAGGCGGGCCAGGUUUGGUUCCCAGACUCCGCGUUUAAGACGUAUCAGGCCAUCAAGGACUUCAACCGUGAAGGGCUGCCUCUGAUGGUCUUUGCCAACUGGAGAGGCUUCUCCGGUGGGAUGAAAGAUAUGUAUGACCAAGUGCUGAAGUUUGGUGCUUACAUUGUGGAUGGCUUACGGGAGUGCUCACAGCCUGUGAUGGUCUACAUUCCUCCACAGGCCGAGCUCCGAGGUGGCUCCUGGGUGGUGAUUGACCCCACCAUCAACCCGCGGCACAUGGAGAUGUACGCGGACCGAGAGAGCAGGGGAUCCGUCCUGGAGCCAGAAGGGACAGUAGAAAUCAAAUUCCGCAGAAAGGAUCUGGUGAAAACCAUGCGUCGGGUGGACCCAGUCUACAUCCACUUGGCUGAGCGAUUGGGCACCCCGGAGCUCAGUGCGGCCGAGCGGAAGGAGCUGGAGAGCAAGCUGAAGGAGCGGGAGGAGUUCCUCCUUCCCAUCUACCACCAGGUGGCCGUGCAGUUUGCGGACUUGCACGACACCCCGGGCCGCAUGCAGGAGAAGGGAGUCAUUAACGACAUCCUGGAUUGGAAGACUUCACGCACCUUCUUCUACUGGCGGCUGAGGCGUCUGUUGCUGGAGGACCUGGUCAAGAAAAAAAUCCACAACGCCAACCCCGAGCUGACCGACGGCCAGAUCCAGGCCAUGUUAAGGCGCUGGUUUGUGGAGGUGGAGGGAACCGUGAAGGCCUAUGUUUGGGACAACAACAAGGAUCUGGUGGAGUGGCUGGAGAAACAGCUGACAGAGGAAGACGGCGUCCGCUCGGUGAUCGAGGAGAACAUCAAGUACAUCAGCAGAGACUACGUCCUCAAGCAGAUCCGCAGCUUGGUCCAGGCCAACCCAGAGGUCGCCAUGGAUUCCAUCGUCCACAUGACGCAGCACAUCUCACCCACCCAGCGAGCAGAAGUCGUUCGGAUCCUCUCGACGAUGGACUCGCCGUCCACGUAG